AAAUCAAAUGUGUCAAAAAAUGGCAAACACACCCCGCAGGGAGGAAGAAAGGAAACGGGAAGAAACUUACCUAAACAAGCAAAACAUUCCCAACGAAGGCAAAGUGCGUCCAUCGCACACACAGCAGACGGACACGUCGAUAAACUCACCCGUGUGUGUAUAAACAAAAAACCCCCAAAGCGACCACAUCCGCUCGCUGCCACACUCUGGCAGGGAAGGAAGCGUUCGGUGCAUUGUGCAAUCAUGUCUGGUCAGCAGUAAUAGAAGCCGUGUCAUCAAUUUUUGAUGAUUUUCCCCCUCGCGUUCGGUAAGGCAAUCCAUCGGUUUUUGCCAGCAUAGUUAUUCGCUGUAAAACGAGAGCGCACAAAAGCAUAAAAUACCGUCAGAAUGGAUGAAACCGCGAUGCUGUUCGCGCUGGUUAUCGUGAUGUUGGUCGGGUCGUACCUGGCCGGAAAUAUACCGCUCAUAAUGUCAUUAUCGGAGGAAAAGCUAAAGAAUGUAUCAAUAUUUGGUGCUGGGUUGCUUGUCGGUACGGCUUUGACCGUUAUCAUACCGGAAGGAAUCCGCUCGCUGUACGAUGAACGAUCAUUGGAACAGGCAGCAAAAGGCCCGGGAACAGCAUCCGGUCUACCGAUCGAUGAACACAAGCACGAGCACAGCAAUGAUGAGCAUUCGGCCACGAUAGGAUUGUCCCUGGUGCUUGGAUUCGUGUUCAUGAUGCUCGUCGAUCAGGUUUCUUCACGCCGCACAGAAGGAUCGAGUGAGCGCAAUCUUACCGCCACAAUCGGGCUGGUGGUACAUGCCGCAGCCGAUGGUGUAGCUCUCGGUGCAGCCGCCACCACAAGCCACUCGGAUGUGGAGAUUAUUGUGUUCCUCGCUAUUAUGCUACACAAAGCCCCGGCAGCGUUCGGAUUGGUAAGCUUCCUGCUGCACGAGGGUGUCGAACGGGACCGGAUCCGGAAGCACCUGCUCAUCUUUGCACUUGCCGCACCGGCACUCACACUUCUGACGUACUUCGGCAUCGGAAGCGAGCAGAGGGAAACACUCGAAUCGCUCAAUGCGACCGGCAUUGCUAUGCUGUUUUCGGCUGGCACCUUCCUGUAUGUGGCCACGGUGCAUGUCCUGCCGGAGCUAACGCACCGGAGCGAUCACGGCCACGGUCACAGCCAUGGCCAUCAUCAUGGUAACUACAGUCUGCUGGAACAGCAACCACCAAGCUCAUCGUCGGCCGCCGUCAGUGGGAAACCGUCCCCAUCGGCGGGUGGUCCCGGGGGACUGAAAAACUACGAGCUGGGUCUACUUAUACUGGGUGCUUUAGCGCCUCUAUUCCUGACGCUAGGUCACCAUCACUAGUAGGGCCGGAUCGGAGCAGAGAGUUGAAGUGCUCAGCCGUGUCUUUGAAACAUUUGCCAAACUGCCAAACCGUUCGUCGGAUUGUGCCACACCCCACAGUCGUGUUUCGGUCGCAGAAUUUGUACGUAUGUGUUGCUUUCUACUAAUGUGAUUCUGUUACUAUUACUGCGUUUCAGUUCGUAAGAUUCCUCCUUCCAAACGGGCAACAUGUGCUGGCAAGCAGUACGGUAUUUAGUUGUAAACGAUAAUAGCAAUAACGAAGAGAGAUUGUUUAAAGUGCGAAAGUCUCCCCCGCCGCGGUGCGUUUAGGCUGCAUUUGAGCAGUUCGGUGUUAAACGCAUUUAUAUUUCCAUUUUUACUUUCCCGCCCCCCCAUAAUACGGGUUUCGUUCGAAAUACGCCGCAGAAAUUGAAGUACCGGACGAUCAAAACAAUGACAACAAAAUAAAACAUUCGAACAAACUACUGCUAAAA